CGGUGAUCGGUCGGAAAUUUUAGCUGGGAACUGACCCGAGGAGAUAGAGCUUGAAAAGCGACUCAAGGAUGUACAGGAAGUGUUUGUUGCUGCUGACUUUGGUGGCCAUGGGCAGUGCUGCCACUCGUGGCCGGGAUUACCUGCCACGCCCACCGGCAAGGGCUUAUGUGUACUCCCCGCCGUCGCCCAGCACAAUGGCUGCCCUGCGUAGGAUCAUCCAGGGACACCUGGAGCGCUUCCAGCAGGCGGAUCAAAACCAGCAGGCGCAACAGCAGACCCAGUUCUCCCGACGGGCACUCGCCCAACAGACGAAGGCGGAAGUGUCGCCGGAGAAGUGGCAAAAGCCGCAGGCUGUAAUGCAAGUGUAUGUGGUUUCCGGUGCCGCCUCGGACAACAUUCUGGGGUAUGCAGUGCCACCCAAUUCGCCGACGCCAAAGAACUACGCACAGAACUUCCUGCCCGAGGGCAAGGAUGUGGUACCCGGAAGCUCUUACAUUCCGCUGCGGUUGCUGGUGAUAAAGCGCUGAAAUCGAAGCUGCUCUAUGUAGCCAU